CGGCAUGGGAAGCUGAGCUGGGUAUCACCAUUCCCGAGGGAACAUGGCAUAAAAUAUUCACAUCCGCCCAUGUCACGUCUAUCAGCUCAGCAGUACGGGAAAGUACAUACAAAAGAAUCUCCAGAUGGCACUACUCACCCGCUAAGAUUCGUGCUAUCUUCCCAACAGUGCCGGAUAUAUGUUGGAG